AUGGCUAAAUCCGCCAGACGCUCCGCAAAGGGAAAAAGCCCAGCAGCAUCCCCAUUAUCCUCCUCCGGAAGCUCAACUCCGAGCUCACAAUCUGGCCCUCUACCUCCGUUCACCGUCGCUCCAGACACUCUGAGGCCUAUCCUCCCCCUCCUCUCCAAUGACGAAGUGUAUCUCGUUCACAUCGACACCUCUGCCCUCGAACUGAAGAAACAAACAUUCAUCAUCCCCGCCAUAACCAACGCCGCCAUCGCUGCGAUCCUCGCCUACCGUAUCUAUACAGGGCGUACCCUCUAUCCAGCCCUUCUAGCCACCGUAAUCGGCAUCUCGAAUCCUCUAACAGUCGACGCCUCAGCCCUUUCCUGGCCGCAGCUCGUCUCCCUCAUCGUCCGCCGCACAUUCCCCGUCAUCCUAGACUACUUCCUCUUCGCGACUUUCAUCCCCUGGCUAUUUAACUUCUACCGUGGCCCCAUCCAAUGGCGCCGCUCCGUCGGUUUUCAGAACCACGAAAUCAUCGUCCGCCGCAGUCAGCCCGCCCUCAGCAAACCCCUCCAGCGCAACCGCUGGAUCCGCGAAAACGACGAAAUGCGCGACAAGAUCGUUGCGGCCGUCACGCCCGAUCGCCUCAAUAAGACAGGCUACCUCCUUGUCGACGCAGACUGGGCCCUCGACUACCCCGCCAUGAUCAAGGCACAUGCCCUCGUCACCCCUCCCUCACAAAAAGACUCAACACCCGCUCUCCCACUGGACGAAUUCCGCACCGCAGUCCUGGUUAACACUGACACGGACGGCUGGCUAAUCUGGCGCGUCGGCGACGAAGACACGCCCGAGGGCCGGACACGCACGAAACAGCGGGACCAGAUUAUUGCGUUCAAGGACAAGCUCUCGGACAUGGGUCACGAGGACCUGUUCUUCCGCUGGGUCGAGCUGAUCCAGUACGAGAGCACGCGGCCCGGUGGGUUCACGGCGGAACGGCAGCAGGCGGCGAUGGUGCAGGCGAAGGCGCUGUUCGAAGAGGCGGGUGUGGAUUUUGCAACGUUCUGGGCGGAGGUCGGUGGGAUGGAGGGCUUUGGAGAUACGGAAGGAGAGGGGGAGGCGGAUUGGGGCGUUGACCAGCUGGAUUAG